GGAAGCGCUCAAAAGUGUUGUCGGGUUACGGUACGUCGACAACGGUUUGACCUCCCAGGUUGUGGUCUCAAUUUUUAGAUUGUUGUUAUCUUUCACUUGUACCCUCAUCAAUUUUCAUAAUUUGCUUUUAAUAUUAUUUAACACGUUCCAUGUGCAUAUUCAGCAGUCGACCCACCUUAUCUCUUGAGUUCUCUUACAGAUUUCUCUGGUCUUUACCCUUUCCCAGUAAAUAGUAAUCUUAGAUAAAAACAAAAUCCUACCAAAAGUUGAAAACUACAUCAAUGAUGGAUCCAAGCGCUCCUGUUGUACCCCAAGAAAUAAGCACCAAUCAACCUGCUUUAUCAGAUGAGGAAAAUGCAAGGCUACAAGUUGAAUUGUCUCAGGUUGAAGAAGAAAUUCGUCUCCUUCAAGAAACUCUUGUUGUUAAGCAGCGACGAUCUAAUGAGAUAAAAAAGGCUCUUGGUUUUACCACACUUUCCACAUUGCAGUAUGACCUCAUGGAAGGUAUUCAUAAAUUGGAAGAUACAGAAGCAUAUAUCAAAACAAGCGAACUUUUAAGUAAAGCUAAAGAUAAGACCGUCAAUGUAGCCCAAGAUGCUAAAGAAAAAGUCGGAUCAACAAUUUCUGCUAUACGGAAUUCCGAGGUUGUGAAAUCAUUGAAUGAUAAAGUUGGUUCUGCUUAUUCAACAGUUAAAGAUGUUAUAAUUCAUUCGACGUAUGGACAUCCACCAGAUGAUGGGACUGAAUACGUUAGUAAUAAUAAUACCAAGAAAUAAUGUCAGAUUAUUAUCAUGUUCAAAAUGCUGUCCAUUCGCAGACUUGCAGCGUUGUCGCCAUUUCAUUUUUGUGUAUAAAUUAUUGUACACUAUUCUGUUCAUUAUUUAGUUACAUUUUUCUUUCAUUUUUGCUUGAUUCAAACGCUAAUUUUUUAUUCGUAUACUGACACAAUUCAUGUAUCCUAUAUGCAAAAAAAAUGAAAAAGCUAGUGUUACUGAUUGUUUUUAAUCGCUUUGAAAUACAACACUAGUUG